UGUUGCUAUGAUUGUUAUUUGGUCGCUGUAAAAAAUUCUAAUACAUUUGUUGUGAUAUUCAUGAAUAAAGACUAGGAAAAUGUAUAAGAACAGUUAAUACAAAUAAUUCACAGAACAAUUGAACGCUUUAUUACAGCUGUGAUGACUGAUACCCGUUGUUUUUGAAAAUAAAGUGAUUCUUGACAACUGCGCAUCAAUAUGAAAAUGAUAAAAUAGUCCGACAAUAACAGUACGGGAAAAUUUGUGAAAAGUUCACUUUUUCGGAAAUAUUUACAAACAUGAAGUAAAAUAGCGUCUAUUGCGCUCAAAAAGUGACCGAGGAUCAACCAAAAAGAUGACAAAUACUGUGAGUCUUGGCCAGAUGGUCAACCUGGCCCUUGGGACUCCAGAAGUGGGCUCAGUCAACUUCAAUGUGUUGCACAGUCUUUUGCAUGCUGUGAUAAAAAAGUUGGACAUUGCAGAUGCUAAAGCUGAAAUCACUGAUUUCGAAAGAGAUUUCUUAAAAAGCCAAAAAGCUAAAAAUGGAACUAAUGCUAUCGAUGAAGAUAGUGCUAUCGGAAGUACUAUCGGAGAGGACAUUGACUCCGCAAGUGCCAAAGGGUCUUUCCCUGGAUUUUCAAAAAGUCCCUACCACCAACUGCAAGACAAAGUGUCAACAAUCCAAAAAACACUUGAUGAUUUUAAUCAAUUGCCAAACACUGAACAAUUAUUGAAACAGUCCAAUGGGAAUCAAUCUGGUGAUCGACAAAUGCCGGUCAAUGAUAUGUGGCAAAGUAUGCAACUAAAAAAGCGGGUAGAUGCAAAUGAAGAUGGAGUUAGCAAACUUAUGCAGAUGAUGGAUGAUAUGAUGAAAGAAAUGGAAAAAUUGAAAGAUGAAAAUAAAGACCUGAAAAAUAGACUAGGAAAUUUGAAUCUUGACGAAUUGGAAGAAAAAUUGAAUAAAAAACUCAAAGAACUAGAAGAUUUAACAAAUCAACUGAAUGAUAAAUUCUCCUUAUUUCCCGAUCCCAAAGAGUUUGAAAAUUAUGUCACUUGGCCUGGUCUGGAAGAUGCUUUGAAGGGUCUACGUACCGAUCUUGCCCCCAAAGAUCGUGUUGUCAUAGAAAUGGCACAACAAACUGAAGUUGUAAAAACAGUAUCUCGUCCAGUGUCAGCUCGACCACUAUCUGCACAAAGUGUCGGACCAUCAGAAGAACUCGCUAAAAUCCUUGAGAAAAUUGGCAAACUGACAGAUAAACACGACAUAUUGGAGGAAAGAGUGGAUAAUAUUGAGGACCAACUGAAAAACAAACUUGACAGAGAAGAGUUAAACGAAGCCAUGAAAUCCCUAAGUCUCCCAGAUGACCUGCUGAACCAACUGAAACAAUUCAAAGAUGAACUUGACAAACUGAACAAAGCAAGAGAAAAGCUUAACGGCAUUGAUCAAGCUUUUGCCGAUCUUGAAGAACUAAAAGAAACCGUCAAAAAUCUUCAAAACCAGCUUCAUGAACUACUGAAACAUCUAACUAAUAAUAAGGAUGAAUCUAAUAAUCAAGAUCAAUACUCCACCAAGAUCGCUGAACUUGCUGAAAGGUUAGCAGAACUUGAGGACCAGUUUCAACAGAUGUCUUUAAUGGCAAGUGUCCAUGAUAUUGAACCUGAAAACUGGAGCUUCAUGAAUGAUGACUCUGAUGAUGCUAUGCGGACACCAACUCCUGGAAACAAAAGUAAAACUCCCGAUAUGCCUUCAAGAGAAGAUAGUGCUUUUACCCAAGAAGAAGCCCCAUCUUUGGUUUCUCGUCAAGGUGGAAACAAUGAUGAUGAAUUCCGACGUCAGUUUGAAAAAAUAAAUGAACGUCAACAGAAAGUCGAAAACACUUUAAAUCGUGAGAUUGAGGAUCAUAAAAAUCUCAAUACUAAAUUCAAGAAUUUCGGUCAGGAGACUAAUCGACAGAUGUCUAAAAUGAGACACAAGACAGAACAGCUAGAGAAGGACUUCCAAGAGAUUGUCGACCGCUUGAAACAAACCAUAGAACUGGCACAGAAUUCUGGUGUACAAACUAGUGAAGCGGACAGUGAUGCAAUAUCAAGGGCCCAGGAAGCGAUACUCAACCUACAAGCAGAGAUAGAGAAAUUGAACCAGAUCACACAGAACCUAACUGAAGAGAAUGAUAACAGGAGAAAGGACAUACAGAACUUAUACAGCACAACGUCACGACUGGAUGAGGUCAAGGCAGAUAAGGAGUUUGUACAGCAAGAAGUAGAACCAAAAGCAGAUAAGAAACAUCUAGACAACAAGGUCAACAGGAACACAUUUGACAGCACAUGUAACGAUAUUAACAGAAUGAUCAACGAAAUACUCGAGAAAUUAAAUGGAAACGAGGGUUGGAAGGAAGCACUUGGCCAGCUGCAGAAUGACUUAGAUGGUAAAUUAGACAGACUUGAGCUUGAUCCACUACGUGAAUGGCUUGAAAGUAGACUAAAGGCCCUUGCAGGCAAGAUAAAGCAACAUUCUACUUGGUCAGAUGCUGAGGAUGAGGCAGCCGGGUUGAGAAAACAAUUAGUGCAGAAAUUCAACUGCAUAUCCUGUGAUAGAAAAGUUGAGAUGAUGCCCAACCAGCCAACAUCGUCCCUUCCCGCACAAAACGGUCUCCCAGCAACUCGUUCCACGCGACCCUAUACAACCUUUGAGCUUGACCAAAUAAGGCAGCAUGGAAGGAGCAUGCAAAAUAAGAACCCUAUACAUUUUGAACGAGCCGUUCAACAGAGACAAGAGGCUAGACACAAGCAAAGGGCAUAUUUCGUACAUUUUGUGAGACACCCUGCUUUGAGUGGUCCAAACGAGGUUGUGGAUGUAUAUGCGACUAAAAGAGCCUGUGGUGGGGCACAUACUCUUACUUACCCAAAUAGGCGUACCAAUAAGGUACAACCAAGCGUAGGUGGAUUCUUUGAGGAGGAAGUAGUAGCCCCAGCUGCCCCUGCAUACACACCCCCAUAUAAACAGGAGCUGGAUCUCCAGGGGGUAGAUGGACAUAUAUACAAAGGCAGAAUUAGCGCCCGUCUACCUACAGUUCACACGGCACCCGGUGGUGAACCACAAGUACGUGGGCGUCAGAGUCGCAGUCCACCACGUUCACAAUCAGUUCGCCCUCCUGCCUCUCCCCGUCCUGGAUCAGCACGUCAACCAGCUGGGCGUCCUGGCUCCGCUCGGGUUACAUCUCGGCCCCAGUCUGCUAGACCUGGGAGUACUAGAGACAGUCCGCCCCCUGGGGAUGAUCGACCUGCCCCUGACCACCCUGGGACCCCUGAGGAUCUGACCCAACCACCAGCAAGGUCACCAUCUCCCGUCAAUGUAGACACUCAACAAUAGCUAGACUUUAAAAAUUAGUUAAUCAUUAUAGUUUAUAUUGACUAGAACAAAUCUUCAUAUAAUGUCUAUAGAAAUUGACUGUUAGUUAUACUUAUUCAAAUGCGUGUUUCACAACGCGAACAAUCAAAUGUUUUUAAGUUUAUUGAAUUCUAUUCAAAAGUACAGAAAAUGGCUGUAUCACUUAUAAAAGCAUAAAAGCAAAAUAAAAUGUCUUAACAAGAGAUUCAGCCAUCUUGCUGAUCUCUCAUCUUAAAUUAAAUUAUGGACAUUUAUAUUGUAUACACAGUUGAAUUGAAUAUAUAUUAUUGUGUACCAAGAUUGUUGUACAUUUCCAUGGAACACACAUUUUCCAUGGAAAAAGACCAAAGGUUUCACUCCAGUUUCCUCAGAAAUAUUUAAUUUCUAAAUAUUUGUAUCAGUAAUUAUUUAUAUUCACAGGAUGGUUUUGAUUUUGGCAUAAUCUGCUUUUGUUUUACACAUGAGAGACACAUCUCAGGCCCGUAGCCAGGAUUUGCCAAGGGGGGGUUGGUUCACUUUUUGGAAAAUUCCAGGGGGGUUCACUUUUGACAAUCUUGGUCCAAAAAUGGCCA